AUGUUUCCAGACCACCAUAUCGACUUAACUAUAGAUAUUAUUUAUAAACAAGUACUGGACGACCUAACGAAAGAUAAAAAGAUUAGAAAGGUUUCCCAUGAGCUUAUGAGUUUGGAAACCAAUGAAAAGAGAGUAAUGUAUGUGUAUGCUAUCUUGAAAGGAUAUGAUCUUAUACCACUUCUUAUUAAAGAAGACAAGUGUUCUCGAAAGUCUGACCACUACCGUAACCUUGGCAACGCUUUGUAUCAACGGAAACAUUUGUCCAUGGCCUGGCAACAUUAUAAUUUGGCUUUGAUGUAUGCCCCUUUGCCUAUUUUCCCAUCUUACUGUUUUGUCUUAGCCAUAGCUAAUAGAUCCGCAAUAUUGGCAGCUUGGAAUAAACAUGAAGAAUGCAUUUCUGAUAUUGAAACUGUGUUUAAAUAUGAGUAUCCAGAUUCCAUAAGGGAUAAGUUAUUAAAGCGGAAGAAGAUCUGUGAGGAAGCUUUAAAAGGAAAACAAGAACCUAACACUGAAGAAGUGGAUCAGAAGGCCAAUGAGAUUUUCAGUUUCAAGGUGCCCAACAAUGAAAAGUAUAUUGCUGCAAGCUCUAAGCUGACAGUUAAAUAUACACCAGAAUUGGGAAGACAUGUAAUUGCCAAUGAGGAUAUUGAAGUUGGUGAAGUACUAGUUCAAGAAGAUCCAUUUGUACAAGUGCUAUUGAAGUCACAGUAUACUAUCUCAUGUGCUCACUGCUUCUCAAGGAAAUAUAAUUUGAAGCCCUGCCCAUAUUGUGUGCUUGUCUUGUACUGUACCGAGGAAUGCAGCGCUACAGCCUGGGAACAAUACCAUAAAUAUGAGUGUCCUGUUGGACCAUAUCUAUACAAAGCAAAUUUCACUAAAUUGGAACUGCUUGCUCUGCGCACCACUAUACUGGCUAAGACACGUCAUGCAAAUAGUGAAGCUUUGUUUAAGACGCUGGCUGAUGCAGACUCGUGUGACAAUAAGGAAGAUGUAGGAUGCCAGAAAGUGGCUGGCAAGAUGAUUUAUUCUUCAAAGUAUUACUCUUCUAUACAUACUCUAGCCACAAACGCCUCUAAACGGGAUAUCUCAGAUAUUUUCCAAAAAUGUGUGAGUGCUGCAAUUCUUGUGCACAUCUUGGCUGUGACAAAUUUUAUCAAGACGGAUAAUGAUGAGGAACGUAAGAAAUUGAAGUCUUUCAUUGCUGAUAAUGUGCUUCGUCACCUUAUGACUGCGCCCACGAACAUGCAUGGCAUAUCCACUAAUGUAGAGAAUGAUAAUGGAAAUGCGGAAGAGGAGUAUAGCAUUGCAAGUGGAGCCUAUGCAUUCUUAAGCUUGAUAAACCAUUCAUGUGCACCAAAUGUGAUAAGAUACACUAAAUUGGGCACAUCUCGCACAACUCUGUUUGCUAUCAGACCAAUCAAAAAAGGAUCACAACUGUUUGACAAUUAUGGGUGCUUCGAGCUGGUCCGUGAUGAUGAGCAGCUGAGGUCCAAUGUUAUUCUGGAAUUGGAACCGAGUGAAGAGAUUGGCCUGCAAAUCAUGCAUGCAACAGAAUACGAUGACUUGGAGAUAAAAGCACAUCAUGCACUUACUGACAGGCAGGCUCGGCAUGCCAUUUUACUUUCUCAAUACAAAUUCACUUGCGUUUGUGAAGCUUGCGUCUAUGACUGGCCGAAGUAUCUGGACUUGCCUCCUGCGAAGAACCUACCCCAAGAAGUGGUACAGAUGAUAAAGAAGCAUUUGAGCGAUGAUAUGAUUACUUCUCUCCAGAAAGCUGACAAGGAAUGUGCUCUGAGGGAGUUCCAGCCUUUGUGUAAGUUGGCUACGGCUUUAGAACCUUAUCUUCCUUGCAAAGAGGCAGCUAAUUGUCAGGAGAUGUUGAAGCAAUGUCUUCAGAUACUUGCAGGCGUGCUCCCCAAUGACUUCGCAAAGUCUAUUGACUUUGAUAUUCCUCCAGCUGUGUUGCCUAAACACAAUACUAAAUUCUUUUCUGGAGAAGGAGCCAAGGAUCUUGCAAGUUAAAUGUUUUGUCUUGUUUACCUUUUAUUUUAUGAUGCUUUAUUUAAUUUUUGUGAUGUUUUGUGCUAAGCGAUUUGUUUUUUUUUUGUGUCAGUUGAUUGUUUUUGUGUGUUGUUUUUGACUGAAGACACUUUUUAUUAUUUGAGAUUUUCAUGUAGGGUGAUUGUGUACCUAAGUGGAAAGGAUUCAGGAAAUAAUGAUUUGGUAUUUACGGUUAUUUCCAAACUUCCAUCAGUCUUCUUCAAGAGGACAUUGAUGAAAGUUUGGAAAAGAUCAUUCAUGAAAUUUCGAAUACAGCUAAAGUGAAAAAUAUUUCCACAUUUAAAGGUGCACUAAUUACCCUUUAAAUCCAAAAAUAAUUGGUCCUUUUUUAAAUCCAAAUAAUUAUAUUACUGGUAUAAAUAUACCAAUAUAAUUUGUAUAAAUAUUUAUUUAAAUUUUCGCACAAAUUUUGGAAAUAUUUUGCUUUUGCGAUUAACAUUUUAUAUUCAUUUUGAAUUCUAGUCUUUAAAAGUAUUGUAGGGUAAGGUUUUGAGUCGGUUUCUUGAAAUGACGAAAUUCAGAAGACUAAUGAUGUAACAGGGAUAUUAUAACACAUUUUGUGAGAUUAAAGAACUGACCUCGGGGAUAGGAAAGGGUAUGAAAAAUAUCUGUUAAGUUGGGAGGGGUUUGGAAAAGUAACUUUUAUAGAUUUUUUUUAGAAAAACAUACGGUUUUGUUAUUAUAGCUUGAGUUGCAGUGGAAUUUUUUUUAGAAAAACGAAUUUUUAUUGUAACUUGAGUUGCAGUGCUGGCGAAUUAAAAUUUAAGUUCAUUGGUUGGUUACCUAAUAAGCCAAGGAUACACUAGGGGAUAAAUGUCCUGCGACUAAACGUAGCCGGAUUUUGAUCGACAUGUCUGGCAACAUCAACGUUGCUGUGGACAUAAGUCGCGCGUUGUCGCCAUAUAUUAUUAUGUCAGGCGAAAUCUGAAGCUUGGACAUGUCGUGGGACAUUAAUUGUCACCUAGUGUAUCCUUGGCUUUACAGAGUGCUACCAUCUGUUGUUAUAUAUCUUUGAUUACUGGUAAACUAAUUUUAGUUUACAUCCCGUACGAAUUAACUGUGCACCUCCCGCUGUGACGUCAUUGGGACGCUGAGGUUGGACUAAUGAGCGCUUGCAGGGGGCAGCGUGGGGUGUCUGGGGGGUUGCAUUUCAGCGGAGUGCACACUUGAUUCGUACGAGUUCUAGAUAUUGUUUUGAAAAUCGUCAGUAUUUAUUGUAUUGAUGUUAUAUCUUUGUCGUACGCCAUGCCAGAUAGUGGCUGGUUCCAUGUUUAGAUUAGUUUCAUGUUAAAUCGAUGUUUGACGUUUAGUCUUUUACUGUGGAUCAGAAAAUAGGUUAUAUAUAGUGUGUCGAUAAACUGUCUAGGUUUGCAUCGCGAGUUUGUUCAUAAUAACUUUUAAUUCUAUCAAGAUAUUUAACACCUCUACCCAAUCGCUUGGCAAAGUUUUCUUAAAGCGACUUUGUUUGUCAUCUCGAGCCAUUUUAUGGUGUAUUAACAGUUAUAUUUAUAUACGUAAAGUACUAUUGUAGAAGUAUUGCAAUUUUUUAAAAAUAGAUAGACUUUAUUUUGUUGGAUUGAUAAGUGAAUUGAUGUCAACUUCGUCUGAGUAAUUGAUAACUUAUGAACCAAAUUGUGACCUGAUUUUUUAAACACAAAGUAGCUAUUAUCAAAAAUCCAAAAAAGCAGUUUGGUAGUUAAACAAAUAAAAUAAAUGACACUGGUAGUAUAGUCGAUAACUUUGUAUUGGAGACUCGGUUGCCAUCAAGAAGAAAAAGAAAUGCCUAUCUGUUUUUAGGUAUCCUAGUAAAAUUGUCCUAUGCCUAUACUGAAUAAAUAUACAUAGAGGUACCUUACAAAAUAGUAAUGAUGAAAGUUAAAUUACUUGAAAAAGAAAUUAUAAUUCUAUAUCUACACACACAAUAAAAUAUAUUUUCUGAUCCUCAGUAAUAUUUGUUCUAGUGUUAAGUAUUUACUCAAUCCUAGAUAUAGUAAAAAUAUACGUAUUUAUGUAUUGGUGUUGUUUGUGCCAUUGAAAAUCAGAUCAGGGUUGACAUUAUAAUGUAUUGGAAUGGAAAGACGGACUCUAUAAGGGAUUUGGAUCAGUUUUAUUAUACAAAAGAAAAAAACAUUUAUUGAAAAUAUUAUAAGGCUCAUGGGGUGAACAGUUUUUAACCUGUAAGAGCCCUCGCCCAGGGCGACUUUUUGUAGCGAUGCUGUCGCACUUCUGCAUGGAUACAGUCGCAAAGUGCAAAUAAAAGUAACAUGCGUUAGUAGAAAUGCUGUCGCGGAUUCACUAAAUGCGCGACAGUAACGCUACAAAAAGUCGCGAUGGGCGAGGGCCCUAAGUCUUUUAAGGUGUACCUAAAGGGUUUUAUUUUCGUUAUUAUUUCAAAUUUUAAUCUUGUUAUUUGUUAUGUAGGUAUGUCCGAUUCGAAGGUGUUUUAAUUUAAUAGUUAUUGCUGAAAUUGACAGCACAUUUAAAACAAUAUUUUGAAUUUUACAUCAAAUUAAGCGCUGCAAAUAAUGCAAAUUAUAAUAUUUUACAGCCCAAAAUCCAAUUAAAAUUUGAAUACUACUUAAAAUGAGCUAUCCUCAUUAUAAAUUAUCAACAUUUUGGGAUCGGACAACACAUUUUUAUAUGUAAACAAUAUUACACUCUAAUUUAUUGAAAAUAAAGUUUAUAAUUUAUUUAUGUUUGAAACAUGGUUUGUUUGAAAGGAAAUUGAGCCUAAUACUAAUAGUAGUAAGGUUUAACAUCUAAGAUGUUCGGAUUUGGUGCUGCUACGCUCUUGUAAAGUGAAACGAAGUGAGAAAUACAUAUUUGUAUUAAUACUACAAGUACUUUUGAUAGAGUUUUGAGAUUGAAUGGAUAGGAACGCAAAAAGAAAAGGAUUUUGGUAAUAGAAAGAAAAAAAAACAAACAUUUCAUAUCCAAAAAGGGAUCAGUAGUGUCUCAAAAACAAAUAAAAAGACAUUGAAAUUAUUUGCCAUACUUUAAUAACAUUAAAUUAUAACAUUUGUUAUAUAAUAUUCAACUACAAUUCAUAUGAAAAAAGAAUAAUAAUAAUUACAGAAAUUCAAAUUUUGAUGUCUGCAAAAUAGUAAUUUUCGUCACACGUACCAAUAGUCCGAGAGAAAUGUAAUGAUACCAACGUAUUGACGACAGAGGAAUAGGCGGGAGCGCGCUUAGGAGAAAGGAGGAACAUUGAUCAACCCUCAACAUUGAUCCGACUCGAAAGACCAACAAACUAAUGUUGGUCCUUCGAGCCAGAUCAGUUUUGGAGGUGGAUGCUCUUCAAAGAUUGUAGUGGGCUGUAUGUAGAAACUGGUAUAUUGAAAAGAUCAAAUAAAACGGUAACAAAAUGUCCGCAUGUCGUUUAAGUAAAGUGUAAUGGCGGAAGCUAUGCUGCCUCCUUCGCUCGCCCUUGCAUCCCCCCUCGAUCGUCGAUAGCAUUCGGCUGCGUUCACGCGCAGAUCUAUUGCUAUCUCUUCUUGACUUUGGUACAGUCGUGGUCUUAAUCUUACAAAUUUCACAAGAAAAUAUCUGAUUCAACAUAAAUGGCCUAAGUGUUUGUAUACUCAGUAGUUUUGACGUUAUUAUUCUUAGAUUAUAAGAGUAUUGGAAUGGUAUAAUCAUAUGUAUUAUGACUGUUCUAUUUUAGAUAUUAUGUGCUACACUUUACAAGGGGUAUUUGAUCGAGCGUGAAAAAAAAGCAAUGUUUUCUGUCACCCACAAUUAUUACUCUUAGAACAGUUCAAUUGAUUGAAUAAGCUUCUUGCACUUAUAGUAGCACAGUAGUAGAACUUAAUGCUGUAGACAUUAUCUACCAGUCAGACGUUAAAAUCAAUAUAACAGAUGAUCAAAUACCCUAUGAUUUAUAUUUACUCUAUGUGGUUUCUGAUUAUGAUUAUAAAAUAUAAAAAAGUUAGGAAUAUAAUCUCCUAUGUGUAUACGAUUAUUGUGAACAGUCGCAUCAAAUGUCUUAAGCCCGAAUACUGAAACGCUACUCAGUUUUAAACUGUACUUAAAAAUCGUGCUAUCUCUUUCUUUUUAUAAAGAAUUGAACUAUAUCUGAGAGCGUCUUAAAAUUGAAUGACGUUUGAGUAUUUGACUAUUAGUCUUUAAGCAUAUAUUGCUGUCUUACCAUUUCAUAAUUGUCUAUCUUGCUGACUUGAAAACAUUGUAACAGUAUGGAAAAGGCAUUUGAUGCGAACUGUACUUUAAAAUAUUCUUGUCUUGUACAUGGAGUGUUAUGGUAAAGAGUCCAGUACUGUUUCUAUAUAAACAUCUUUGCAACACCUCUUCAGAGCCUCUACACAGCCUCCUCGAAGCUACCUCGAAGAGGUUACUACUUUUUUUGUUCACUAGAUGACACUAAUAUAGCCUGAGGUUUGUUUGUCCAAUAAUUAUAGCUGUCAAAAAUUUGAUGUCCAAUGCUAUGCUAUGCUGUGCUAAAAUCUCUAUUGGAUGACCUGAGGUCUACUGGCGUCAUCUGGUGAACAAAAAACGGUAGCCCCUCUAACCUAAUUAUUUAUUACAGUUUGAUAAACACUUUUCAAUAACAAUUAUGGCUGUUUUCACCAACCACCCAUAAACCACCUCUCAACUAAAAGUUACGUAGUGUUGGUGAUAAUCAAAAUGUCAUUAAAUGUGCCCUUAGUACGAGUUUGAGUUUGGCGCUCUGAUUGGCCGGAUUAAUUAAACCAACCAAUCACAGCGCUGAACGCGCUCUCGUUUCGAUUACUUUAAACGUAAAGCAAACUCGUACUAAGGGUACAGAAAGCUAAGGGGUCCUUUAAAAUUUAGGAGGUUGGUGAAAACAGUCAUUAGAAUUAAGAUGGAUACUCUUUACCUCUAUACUUCGCGGUUCUGUACAAACUUCAUGACAAUUCGGAAGUUAGCUACGAGUGUCAGAAUGUUACUAUGUUCUAGUAUAGUUUUGUUUGCCCUGGCUCCACACGUUGGCCCAAGGUUACUCGCUCAACGUGUCUAGAGAAUUGAUCGCUCCAAUGUUGGGGCCAAUGCUAUUUUCUAAAUACACGCGUUCGGCGAGUUACCUUGGACAAACGUUGGAACCAACGUGUGGAGCUGGAGUAAUAUACGCAUUUACUAUACUGAACGUGCUUUGCGCUGCGACUCGUGCAAUUUUCCUAGCUGUCGUAAAGUUUAAAGCAGACUACAGGUACAGACGCCAAAGUUAAUAGAUUUUCGACUUAAUUACUACAGUGUAAAGUCGAAAAUUAUUUUAACGGUACUAGUAAAGCAGAAAGUCUCCGGGUAUCCAAUGUUUGCUAAAACAUAUAUUUUUUUGAAAGACUUGUCCUAAAAUAUAUUAUGUAUUUUUAAAAUUUUUCUUAGGUAUUUGUACCUAUUGUAUUUUUGAGAAUUUAUCUUAUAUCCUUAUAUAAUGGAAACAGGAGACUUUUUGUGCUAUAAUACUCUAUGGGUAAAUGUUCUUACAUAUUUGUAGGCACAUUAGGUGCAAAAUUGUAUUCAACUUUCAAAUAAUAAAUGUGUGUCAAAUUAGAA